CCGGCAGAGCCUAUAGCCGGGAGCGCGGAGCGCGGAUAAAUGUAGCGCCGCGGCGCGGGCCGGCAGCUCUCCGAGGGCCCGGAGCGCGGCGGAGCCAUGCAGUACCCGCACCCCGGACCGGCGGCAGCGGGCGCCUUGGGGGUGCCGCUGUACGCGCCCACGCCGCUGCUGCAGCCAGCGCACCCGACGCCGUUCUACAUCGAGGACAUCCUGGGUCGCGGGCCCGCCGCGCCCACCCCCACGCCCACGCUGCCGUCCCCCAACUCCUCCUUCACCAGCCUCGUGUCCUCCUACCGGACCCCGGUAUACGAGCCCACGCCGAUCCACCCCGCCUUCUCGCACCACUCCGCCGCCGCGCUGGCCGCCGCCUACGGACCCGGCGGCUUCGGGGGCCCUCUGUACCCCUUCCCGCGGUCGGUGAACGACUACACGCACGCCCUGCUCCGCCACGACCCCCUGGGCAAACCCCUGCUCUGGAGCCCUUUCCUGCAGAGGCCUCUGCAUAAAAGGAAAGGCGGCCAGGUGAGGUUCUCCAACGACCAGACCAUCGAGCUGGAGAAGAAGUUUGAGACCCAGAAAUACCUCUCCCCGCCCGAGAGGAAGCGUCUGGCCAAGAUGCUGCAGCUUAGUGAGAGGCAGGUCAAAACCUGGUUUCAGAAUCGACGCGCUAAAUGGAGAAGACUAAAACAGGAGAACCCUCAAAGCAAUAAAAAAGAAGAACUGGAAAGUUUGGACAAUUCCUGUGACCAGAGGCAAGACAGUGAACAGAAUAAAGGUGCUUUGGAUAGCUCUCAAUGUUCGCCCUCCCCUGUCUCCCAGGAAGACCUUGAAUCAGAGAUUUCAGAGGAUUCUGAUCAGGAAGUGGACAUCGAGGGUGAUAAAGGCUAUUUUAAUGCUGGAUGAUGACCACUGGCAUUGGCAUGUUCAGAAAACUGGGCUUUGGAAUAACAUUUGCUACAGGAAAUCUCCAUAGAUGAACUGGAAAACUAUAUGAGAAAGGGAAUCAAUUUUGGGUAUUCUGGAAACCUAAAAUGUUUGGUGCACUGGCUAAAUAACAAACACAUUGAAACCUUAAUUUUGACUUAAAUAGUUUAUGAACUGAUUUUAGAGUGUAUGAUAAAAGGACUCUUCACUGAUUAAAUUCACCCCCUUUUUAAAAAGUAACUUGUUUUUUCUAUUUAUAAAAAGUAAUUUUGAACUUUUUUGUUAAAUUUUUAAGUUAUAACUUUAAAGAUUUUAAUAGGAAUUUCUUGAAUGAUUUUUCUAUAACCUGUUUCUACAUCCCACUUAAUGGAAAAGUAAAGGGACAUCCCAAAUCCAGAGGUAUGCCUUGGAAAGGGGGCCCACAAUUCAGGCAGCCUUGUAAUAUUUUAAAGGAAACAUUCCUUACUUUUUUGUUACAUUCUUACACUGCUGCCUUAAAUCCAAAACCAUCUCAGAGCUUUUGUCUCGGGGAUGCAUGUGUUCUUUUUGUCAGAGAGAUAUAUAAUCAAUAUAAGUUGAUAAUCUUAAAUGCUUGUUUUGCACUGUCACUUAGAACCUGUUUGACCAAGGUGUUAAGGGGAUAGUACAGUCCAGUUCAAGCAGAGAAACUGACUCUGAUUCAGUGACUAAAAUUAAUCACAGAUGAACUAGAAGUAGCAGAUUAAUUAAAUGUAAGUAGAUUGUAGAUAUUGUGUUUUAUAUUAAACAGUGUUUAUAACGUGUGUAUAUAUAAUUGUUCACUGUAAAAAAGACAUGGCCAAAAUGGUUUGUUUUUUUUAAAUGAGUAACUUGUAUAUAAAAUAAAUCCGUCGGUGGGAUGACUGAC